ACUAUUGCCCCACCCCUGAUUUUCCAACGCAUGUUGGAGUUGCUGAUUACUCUGUGACUUUUCCUGUGGAGAAUGGUACUGUUAUUGAACUGAAAUGUAAUCCAGCACGAUAUGAGAUGAUUGGAGAUCCACUGACACUAUGUAUAAAUAUGACAUGGACAACAAUGCCUAAUUGUACAGCAACCACUGAAUUCACAUCAUUGGAACGAACCGCUGAUUUCACAUCAUUAGAACUGACAACUGACUUGAUGUCAUCAACAUUGCCACCUAGUACUGAAAUAACAUCAAUGGGAACAACAACUGAUAUUAUUAGUCCUCAUACUUCAACAUCUGUAACUCCCCAUAAAUCUACUACAGAUGCUGCAACAUCAUUUCAAACAACAGCAGAGCCAAGUCAAUGUAGCAAUCCAGGACAUCCUCCCAAUGGUAAACUGAUAAAUACAACAAACAUAUCAUUUCCUGCCAUACCUGGUACUGAAGUCAGCUAUGAAUGCUGUGAUGGAUUUGAAGCUGCAUCUGAUACUUUGAUAUGUGUGGAAGACAACGGUGGCGCAUUUUGGAAACCGGCGUAUCCGGUCUGCAUUCCAGUUUGUAAUGAUGAUGAAUUAAGUGUUGGAGGCUCGUGUUAUCUCCUGGGAACUGGAAGAGGCUCUUGGUAUGAAGCUGACGCAUACUGCAAAUCGGUGGACGUUAGUUAUUACCUAGCAGAAAUUGAAACUGCAGAAGAACACAGUUACCUCCAGGGUAACCUUACAUUGUUACCACAAUCAAGGUGGCGAUUCUGGCUCGCUAUGAUACAGUACAAUGUUGGAAAUUGGACGUGGAUUUCAGGAGAAUUAUUAACAUUUGAUAUAUGGGAAGAUGGCUAUCCAUCUGGUCAGUACCAUUGUGGUGCUUUAGUCAGAGGUGGGGAGAAUAAGAAGGAACAUUUCCGUAUGCGAGAUGUAGAAUGUGAUUCUACUCGUUAUAUUUUAUGUGAAAGAGGUGGCCGAAUUACAUGUGCUGAUCCUGGUAACUUGGCUAAUGGAAAAAUAUCACCAGAUAUUGAAUAUCCAGCUGCAUAUCAACAAAUAUUGAGUUUUACAUGUGAUGAUGGUUAUGAAUUAAUGGGAGCUUCUACAAUUUUUUGCAAUAUUGAUGAAUGUGAACCAGGAUAUAAAUGGAGUGACAGUAUUCCAGAGUGUGUACCAAAAGACUAUUGCCCCACCCCUGAUUUUCCAACACAUGUUGGAGUUGCUGACUACUCUUUGACUUUUCCUGUGGAGAAUGGUACUGUUAUUGAACUGAAAUGUAAUCCAGCACGAUAUGAGAUGAUUGGAGAUCCACUGACACUAUGUAUAAAUAUGACAUGGACAACAAUGCCUAAUUGUACAGCAACCACUGAUUUCACAUCAUUGGAACCAACCACUGAUUUCACAUCAUUAGAACUGACAACUGACUUGAUGUCAUCAACAUUGCCACCUAGUACUGAAAUAACAUCAAUGGGAACAACAACUGAUAUUAUUAGUCCUCAUACUUCAACAUCUGUAACUCCCCAUAAAUCUACUACAGAUGCUGCAACAUCAUUUCAAACAACAGCAGAGCCAAGUCAAUGUAGCAAUCCAGGACAUCCUCCCAAUGGUAAACUGAUAAAUACAACAAACAUAUCAUUUCCUGCCAUACCUGGUACUGAAGUCAGCUAUGAAUGCUGUGAUGGAUUUGAAGCUGCAUCUGAUACUUUGAUAUGUGUGGAAGACAACGGUGGCGCAUUUUGGAAACCGGCGUAUCCGGUCUGCAUUCCAG